AUGCGGAGAGCGGCCGGGAGGGACAUGAGCCCGCCGGGCACCGCAGCCCAGCGGCAGCGGCGCCUCCGGCGGCUGCUCCUGCUGCUGUUGCUCCAGGCCGCCCGCCCUGCGCAGGGGCAGCGGGCUGCAACAAAUAGUUCAGUCCCAGAUAUCUGUGCCACUUGCCAUGCUAACGCCAUGUGUCAGCAAAAAGAAGGCAAAAACGUCUGCAUCUGUAACUAUGGAUUUGUGGGUAAUGGGAGGACUCAUUGUCAAGAUAAAGAUGAAUGCCAGAUUGGAGCGAGUAAGAUCUGUGGCGAGCAUACAUCAUGUCACAAUACACAUGGAAGUUUUUACUGCAUUUGUCUUGAAGGAUACCAUCCCUCUAACAACAACAAGACAUUUAUCCCCAAUGAUGGCACGUAUUGUACAGAUAUAGAUGAGUGCCAGCUGUCAGGUCUGUGUGGUGUCGGGGGACAAUGUGUGAACACUGUUGGAAGCUACCACUGCUACUGUAUGGAAGGAUAUAGACCAGAAAAUGGAACAGAAUUUUUUCAUCCAUCUGGAAAUACUGUUUCGUGCAAAGCUGUGGAUUGUGGGGUCCCACCUUUUGUCUUGAAUGCAUAUUCAGAUCCUGUAAGGACCACCACCUAUGGAAGUGAAGUUGCUUAUAAUUGCCUGCAUGGUUAUGUUAUUGAAAGUGGUAACCAGACUGCAGUUUGUAAUGCCAAAGGACAAUGGGAAGGUGCUGAUCUGGUGUGCAAAGAAAUAGACUGUGGCAGACCUUUGUGGAUUCCACACGCAGAAAUGAUCUGGGACAACUCCACAACUCUAGGAAGCAUGGUGUAUUAUAAAUGUAGUGAAGGGUUUCAUUUUAGUGGAGAGAAGAAUUUUUCACAAUGCACAAUAAUUCAGAAAUGGGAAAAUAUCACAGGUGUAUGUGAAGUAACAGAUUGUGGCAGACCUCCUUCAAUCCCCAACACAGACAUGAUUUGGAACAACAUUUCCCAGCUGGGGAGUGCAGUGCACUACCAAUGUAAAAAGGGAUUCCGCAGCAUAAGUGGGAGGAAUACGUCACGUUGUACUUAUAAUGGAUCCUGGGAAAUUCCAGCUCUAAUAUGUAAAGUGAAGGCAGCCAUUGGAAAUGUGUCUAUAUUUAAUCAAACCUGUGUGAAGUGGAGAAGGAGCACUAGAGAAACCAACUUGAAGAUGGUGUAUUUGUUUCAUGUACAAGGGCGAAGAUGGCAUCAGAAGGCAUUUUUUCAUGAAGCAACUUUUAACUUCACGGCAGAGGAAGAAACUCCAGAGCUGUGCCUAGACCUAAAGGCAGGCACUAACUACACUGUGAACAUCACUGUAUUGUCUCCUGAGCCCUCAAGACCAGUCACUGUAACAAUUAAUACAGUUGAAGAGGAAGGAUUCAGCAAUGUUUCAGUAUUUAAUGAUACCUGUUUGAAAUGGAAGAGACAUUCUGGAAGAAUUGGGGUGAAGGAAACCUACCUAUUUCACAUACAGGCACAACAGGGAUACUUGGUGAAAUCCUCCCAUGAAAUGAUGAUUAACUUCACCACUGAGGAAGAGAACCCAGAGGUGUGUUUGCCUCUACACCUGGGUGUAAACUACACUGUGACUAUCACUGAGGCAUCUACCAAGGUUCUUUUACAAAUCCCCAUAAUGCUCCCAACAACGGCAGAGGAAUUGCUCAGCAAUGUGUCCAUAUUUAAUGAAACCUGUGUGAAGUGGCAGAGAAAAGUUGCAAGAGCUGGGACAAAGGAAACAUACACAUUUCGUAUAUUGGGACGAAGAUGGCACCAGAAGGAAUUCUCUCGUGAAAUGAUAUUUAACUUCACAACAGGUGAAGAGACUCCAGAGGUGUGUUUAGAGCUGAUCUCUGAUGCUAACUACACGGUGAACAUUACUACAGCAUCCUCUAAGGGGACCUCGGCCCUAAUUACUAUAGCAAUUAAGACAGAGGUAAAGGAAGCCUUCAGUAAUCUGCUGAUACUUAAUGACACCUGCUUGAAAUGGAGGCGAAGAGUAAGGAGAGCUGGUAGGAAGGAAAUCUAUUCGUUUCACAUACAGGGUCGACGCUGGUAUCAGAAGGAGUUCUUUCAUGAAAUGGCCUUUAACCUCACCGCUUACGGACAGACUCCAGAGGUGUGUCUUGAUUUGCGCCCAGGCACCAAUUACACUGUGAAUAUUUCCAUGGCAGCUUUGGAUCUUUCUGUGCUAGUUUCCAUGACAACUCCAAUUAUUGAUCCUCCAUUCCCAGAAAUAGAGUUUGUUACCGUACAAGGUCCUGCACCAGCACUCAGCCUACGAAAAGCAGAAGAUAGAAAUGGACCAAUCAGUUUUUAUCAAGUGAUUGUGCUUCCCUUGGCCUUGCAAAGCACAUUUACUUGUGAUUCCCUGGCUGCUGUGACUUUCUUUAGCAAUGCCACUGAUGCUGAGGGGUAUGUGGCAGCUGAAUUCCUCGCCGAGGAUGUUGCUGACAACAUGCUGAUUUCUCUUGGAGACAGACAUUACUAUGGGGCAUUCUAUAAUGCUCCCUUAAAGCAGGGGAAAGAUUACUGUGUGGUACUGAGAAUUAUAAGCCAAUGGAAUAAGAUGAGGACACAAUCUUGUGCAGUUUGGGCACAAAUUGAAGAUUUAUCACCCGCUCUGCAACAUAUGACUCUUGCUGGAUUAGGGUCAGUCACUGCUGUCUGCCUUAUACUGUUCUUGUCCUUCUUGGCAGCACGUUCUUAUCUCCACAGCACAGUCCAUAUACCUCCAGCUGCACUGGCCAAAGGAGUAUCCUAUGAGACUACCAUGGAUGCUGCAGGAGGGGGUAUUGCAUCAUCUUUCCUAGAGAUUGAAAGUGUGUCUCUUCUGUAAUGCAUUCAUCUCCCAUUUGCCUAGAAGACAGAAGGAGAGAGAAUCCAGAAUCUCUUUGUUACAUCAA